AUGAAUUUUCGCGAGAAAUGCAGAAGCCAAGUUCAUCCUCCUCUUCAGAGAUUUGGCUACCUGAACAGGCGGUGUAGCUAUCUUCACCAGAUACCUUUCAAGCUAAACAAGGAUGAACUUGAUUUACAUAAAGAAGACUCUGUUUCAUCUAUUGAUGAAAAUGAGCCAGUUAUUAAUCUUUCCAGAGAGAGGUCUCAGGGAAAGCCCCAAGAAUAUUUCAGGGCUAGACUUGGAGAAAAGAUAAAAACUGUCCAUAAAACAGAAGUUGAGGAGACAAAGCAGAAGGAGAAGCUCAAGAGUAGGCUCCCUUUCAAGUCUUCCCCCUGGCCAAGGAUAAAAAGGGGCAAGAAAGUAGGUAAAUAAAUGCAAGAAGCAAGUUCAUAAUCCAGAGGAUAUUAUCUUUACCUCCAGAGAUGUCCGUGGCAGCGUCCCUAACUUCAAAUGUAAUAUCUCGUCCAUUAUGAAGAACAAGGGAGGCAACCUCGUUGGUAAAAUGGGUUAUCUUUGAGAAUCAGAUGUAAACAAGAUAGGUAAAUAUCACCCAAAUAUGAAGAUGUCGAAAAAGACUCAAGUUGAAGGAAAACCGAAGGGAAAACCUCAACUGAUUUUUAAGGAGAGAGUAUUUGGAAAGCCAAAGAAUGCUCGUGCCCAGUCUCAUAACUUGGGCCCGAGGCUAUUAAAUUAAGUCCUAGGAGUAUUCAAGCUACGGGAUAUGAUAAUUUGAGGCUCUUACCUUGCUAGAGAAGGAAUUCUAAGGCUCCUGUUUACCAAAUUUUGGGAAGAGUCCUUGAAAGCUGCCUUAAUAACUUUCAUUUCUUUAUUAAAGUACUCUAUUGAAUUUGCUAUUCAGAAAUUGUUAAGAAUAACCUCCGAUUUAUAAAUGAAAACAGCUAGUUCUUAUUCUUUGAGCCAAUAGAUAACUACGUAGUCUCAAGGGAUAAAGAAAUACAUCCUCGUAGAUGCUCACUAUUUGAAUCUUCUGACAAGUCAUCUCGUUCUGACAUCUUGGGAGCAACC